CUGGAGAAAGUUCUUCUCUGUUUGUGUGUGUGUCCCGUAUCACAGCACCCGCUUAGUUUAUUUUAAACUAUAAAGCACUAUGAGACGUACAAGAAUGUCCAAAAAUAAAAGUCAGAAAGCAGAAGAAGAUGAAGAAGUCCAGUCAAAAACAGCAGUAUGGCAGUGGAAAGGAGAUAAUGGACAGUGGGAACCGUACUUACCAUCAGUUUGUGCCUUGUUGGACUCAGCUGUCUCUUCAGGACAAACUUCUGUCACGGUGACUCUCGGUGCAGGAACUGCCUACGAAGUUGACCUGAAGAAGAUGUUUCAAAUUAACCCUGUGACAAAAUACAAGAGGAAGAUUCGCUCUCAGACAGUAAAAGCAGAAAGUGCAGAUGACGCUGAGGACCUAGCUGCUCAAAAUGGGAUGCCAGAUGAAGUAAAAGAGGAAGAGGAGGACACAAAGGAGCAACCUGCAGCAAAGAGGAGGAGAGGGCAAAGCAAGAAGGAGAGCAAGACAAAAGCAGAAAAAAUGCCCAAAGAAGAAAUAAAAAGUGAAGUAACAGAGGUUGUGAAGACGGUGAUAAUGAAGGGGAAAGCCCCGGUGGACCCUGAAUGCAAAGCCAAACUUGGAAAGGCUCAUGUUUACUGUGAAGGAAACGAUGUUUACGAUAUGAUGCUUAAUCAGACAAACCUUCAGUUUAACAACAACAAGUACUAUCUGAUCCAGCUGUUGGAGGAGGACAACUCAAAGGCUUACAGUGUGUGGCUGAGAUGGGGCAGAGUGGGAAAAGUGGGUCAGAACAGCCUGACAGCAUUUGGUGGAGACCUGCUGAAAGCCAAAGACUUCUUCAAGAAAAAGUUCCUUGACAAGACCAAGAAUGAAUGGGAGGAUAGAGCGAGUUUUGAGAAAGUAGCGGGAAAAUACGACAUGGUGUUCAUGGACUACAGCACGAACGAAAAGGAGGAGAACCUGACCACAGUGGAUGCUGCACCCCAGAAGAGGAUCUCAAAGCUGGAUCUGAAGAUCCAGUCGCUCCUGGAGAUGAUCUGUGACAUCAAAGCCAUGGAGGAGUGUGUGCUGGAGAUGAAGUUUGACACAAAAAAAGCUCCUCUCGGAAAGCUGACGUCAGAGCAGAUCCGAGCAGGCUACACAGCGCUGAAGAAAAUCGAGGACUGUUUGAAGAAGAAGGGCAGCGGUCGGGAGCUCCUUGAAGCCUGCAACCAGUUCUACACCCGAAUCCCUCACGACUUUGGGUUGAAAACACCUCCAAUGAUCCGAUCAGAAGACGAGCUGAAGGAAAAAAUAGCACUAUUGGAGGCUCUGAGUGAUAUUCAGAUAGCAGUGAAAAUGGUUCAGUCCAGUGGAGACGGGGAUGAACAUCCUCUGGACCGACAGUACAGCUCUCUCAAGUGUCAGCUGCAGGCUCUGGACUCCGGCUGCGAGGAGUACACGGUGAUAGAAAAGUAUCUCCAGUCCACUCAUGCACCCACCCACUCGGACUACACCAUGACUGUCCUCGACAUCUUCUCAGUGGACCGAGACGGGGAGAGCAACAACUUCCUGUCUCAGUUACACAACAGGACCCUGCUGUGGCACGGUUCCCGCCUGUCUAACUGGGUCGGUAUCCUCAGUCGAGGGCUGCGAGUGGCCCCCCCUGAAGCCCCCGUCACCGGUUACAUGUUUGGGAAAGGAAUCUAUUUCGCUGACAUGUCGUCAAAGAGCGCCAACUACUGCUUUGCCAAUCAGAACAACCACGUCGGACUGCUUCUUCUGUCUGAGGUCGCCCUGGGGGACUGUAAUGAGCUGCUGGACGCCGACUACGAGGCCGCUAAUCUGCCUGCUGGCAAACACAGCACCAAAGGCCUGGGACAGACCGGACCUGACCCCAAAAACUCCGUCACUCUAGGUGGCAUGACGGUGCCGAUGGGGCCGGGGGUGAAGACGAAGCUGGCGAGACAAAACGCCUACUCCCUCCUCUACAACGAGUUCAUCGUUUACAACCCAGCGCAGACUCGCAUGAGGUACCUGCUGCGGAUCAAGUUCAACUACUCCUCCCUGUGGUGAGCUCGGUCUCACGUGGAGAGUUUGGAAGUUUGGCUCCCCACGAUGAAGGAUGAAAAAUCAAUCCGUUACUCUUCAUGUAAAGUUAGAUACUGGUUUCUGGGAUAAGAUGUAACACCUGAACAUGUCGCUCUUUUGGGUGUGUAACAGAAGCGUGACCUUCUCAGUGAUUUAUAACUGCAAGAUUUACAGCAUAAAUUGACAAGAUGAUCAACAGAACAUUGUGGACAACAAUUUAGACGCUCAAUUAAAAAGUGAAAAAAAACAAAAAAAUUAACUUGUUGCUGCUUCUUAAAAGAGCGGACUUAUCUUUGUACCUGAGAACUCUGAGUAAGCUGAGUUCUUCCAUCAUUUUCUGGACAAAACUUUUUGGGGAAAUUUUCGGAUGACAGCAUUUUUAAGUUGCAGCCAUACGAUGAAGUUCAGAGAGGGGUUAGACAGAUCUCAAGUUAUUACAUUUGAAAAUAGGAAUGUGAGUUUUUAGAAAAUUAGAAAAACAUCAACUACACUGCGUCUGUUCUUUUAUACGGUGGCUUUUCGCUCAUCAUAUGUUAUGAAACCUUCUGUUCUUUUGUUCUUUAUGAGUCAGAAGUUGAUUUUGGGAAAUGUAGAAUAAUUCUUGGUUCAUAGAGAGAGACUUCAGGCUUUACUGUUCUGUUUCUGGAGCUUUGGGGAAAGUAUUCAUGUGAUACAGAAUGAAAACAUUUUGCACUACUUUAUGUCUAUGUUUCUGUCUCUGCGUGUCUCCUCGUCAGUGUAAGCUGUGACGCAUGCUACAUACAAACGGCAGCAUCUUUCUUGGAUGAAUUAAUGGAAUGCUUUGGAUGUUUUUUUAAUGCACAUUUGACAUGAGCAUUUCUACUAGAGAAUAACGAUUAGCUCAUUGAAUGUGUCUUAAUAAAUUUAAAAAAUAGAAAAUGAA